UUUUCACCACAUUCUCGUUAAAGCCAGUCUAUAAUACAAUUUGACACACGGAAGUAAAACAAGUUAGGAAAAAACGUAAAUAUCUGUCAGAUAAGAUAAUAAUCAAAGAAGCAGUAUGACUUUGAUGGAAUUUUGCGGAUGUACAUUUAUUGCCUUUGGUCCACCAUUUGGUUUGUUUGUAUUCACCAUUGCCAGAGACCCUCUACGAGUCAUUGUACUCAUCACAAGUGGAUUCUUUUGGCUAUUGUCUCUGCUACUUUCGUCAAUAUUAUGGUACGCAGUGGUUCCGUUAAGAGAUAAACUAGCGUUUGGUUUGGUAUUCUCAGUUAUAUUCCAGGAACUAUUCAGGUUCUUCUUCUACAAACUGCUGAGAAAAGCAGAUGAAGGGCUACAAAAAGUCAGUCAGCAGGGACAAGAUCAACAUGUUACACCUAAAGACAUUUCAAAUAAACACAUCAUGGCCUAUGUGUCUGGUCUUGGCUUUGGUAUACUCAGUGGAGCUUUUUCGCUGGUCAAUGUUCUAGCAGAUAUGGUAGGGCCAGGAACUAUAGGUAUCCAUGGUGAUUCCGAAUAUUUCUUCCUAGCUUCAGCAUUCCUCACAUUAUGUUUUGUGUUACUGCAUACAUUCUGGGGAAUCGUGUUCUUCAAUGCCUUUGACAAGAAGCAGUAUAUAUAUGUAGUUCUAGUUGUUGCCUCACAUAUGCUCGUGUCAUGCCUUAGUUUAUUAAACCAACGAGGAGCAGAAAACUCACAGAACUAUUUAGGCAGUAUUAUUCCAUCAUAUAUCAUCAUGUUAAUCAUGGCAGUGGUUGCCUUCUACAAAGCAGGAGGAUCUUUAUCAAACCUAAAGGCAGCAAUGACAUGCCAUAGUACCACUAGAUAUGCUGUAGACUAACCAGAUUGCAUUCGUUUUUAUUCCGUCAGAUGUUUCAACAAGUGAAGGGCCUGUAUUAAACAAAACAAACUUUCUGACGAAGCUGGAGUAUGUCUGUGAAAUUUGGAAUAGAAAUAGAAACAAAUUUUCUUGCUCCCGUCUUCCUGCUCAAUUUGGUCAAGGUAGACAGAAUCCUGACUUUGAUUUUUUUCAAUCAUAUUGUAACUUUAAAAAAAAAAAAAAAAAAAGAUUGUCAGAACGUCGCACCAACACAAUUAUAGGUAAUAUGGCCACUUUCCAGCUUUGAUGUUAGAGGAAGACCCAGUCCCCCCUCCGUGCAUUAUUUCAUCAUGGGUGGGCACCAUGGUAAAACCUCUGACCUUCUGUAAGUCAGCUGGAUGGCUUCCUUACAUAAAGAACUCAAUGCCCUGAAUGAGGCUCAAACCCACAUCAGUGUGGGGCAAGUGAUAUCGAAUAAAUUGUUAAAAGUUUUUAUAUAACAUAAUCAAAGGGAGUAGGUUAUCCACCUUGGUCAGAUUGAGCAGGGUUGGGGAAUUUUGUUCGUUGGCGGGAUCUGUUUUGUUUGGAAAACACAGAUCACCUGACUUUUGUACAGACUACAUUUGAGCCGCGCCAUGAGAAAAACAACAUAGUGGGUUUGCGACCAGCAUGAAUCCAGACCAGCCUGUGCAUCUGCGCUGUCUGCUCAGGAUCCAUGCUGUUCGCUAACGGUUUCUUUAAUUGCAGUAGGCUUUAAAAGUGAACAGCUGGUCACAAACCCACUAUGUUGUUUUUCUCAUGGCACGGCUCUUUUAAUCUUAAGUGUUGCCAAUAAUAAUGACUUGUAUAUUUAUUUUUUGUACAUAAUUGGACCAUGUAAAAUAAGGCAGUAACACAAUUUUUGUGUUAGAAAUAAAUUUUCAGAUACAUUUAUAUCAAUAAUAUUUAGAAGUCUUUGUUAAGACAGAACACCAAAACUACAUCACACCAAAAGACACAUUGUUGUCAGGUGAUGUUACAUGAUAAAGUGAAAUCCCUCUAAAACAAGACUCCUAAAAAGUUGAAACCUCUCGCAACUGGACAAUUGUGUUGGUCAGAGAUAAAAUGAAUCUACCACACUCCUGAGCUGUGAACAAGGAAAUCCCAAAAACUUAAGGCGGUUCUACCUAGUUUUUGAUCGUAUUAAACCAAGGUUAGGACUUCUUUAUUACCACACCUUAACUGGCAUGGUACAUUUAUUUUUUCACAGUUUCCACUAUUUUUUGUAACUUUUUAUGGGAAACAUUACUAGACUGUAAGUGUUACACAUUAUUUUGAUUUUUCUAAAUACUGCAGGUAUCUGACACUGUAUGAUAGAUUUUGUGGAUCUUAGCAUCAAUAUGGCAUAGAUUAUGAAACCAGACUAUAAAAAUAUAGCAUAAUUAAGAAGUUUCUAACCAAUGUGAGACAAAUGAUUGGAUAAGAUUAUAAUUCUACAUCAUUCUGUAUUUUAUAAUGAAUAUGCCCUUUCCUCGUUUUUUUCGAACCCCUUAUAACGAAAGCUUUUUUGCCAAACAAACUAAACAAUUUACCAGAAAGAACAGUUCUUAGAAAUGCAGUCAAUGAUCAGUCAAAGCUUUUACAUGACAACCCUCACCCUCUCAAACAGCCAGAGGCUUUCUUGUUGAACUGACACCUGUGAUCACUUGUGCUACCGUAUUUUCUGAAAGGACAACUUUCUGUUGAAAAUUGAGAACAGAUAUAGAUUUGAUACUGUACAAUAAAAAGAAAUUAUCAUAAGAGGUCACUGUUUCCUGUAAUGAGAUCAUAAAUUAACCCUCUGAUUUUACCAUAAAUGAGCAAAUAAUGUGCCAAAAUCUUCAGUCGUGUAUACAGUCAAACUUUGUUAACUCGGACUCUGAUAAUUCAGAUACCAACCUUCUCACGAACUCGUCAUCAGGUCCCGGAAAAAUCCCUGUAUAAUGAAUCUUGUUUGAUAACUUGAACAACCGAUCACUCGAUCAAAUUUUGCUGGUCCCUCGAGUUUGAGUUAACAAAGUCCGACUGUAUUUUGUUUUCAAUGAGAAGGCUCAGAUUUAUGAGAAAGAGGCAUACUCUGUCUCAGAGGUGAGAAAAGUUUCUUUCUGUUAAGAAUACCUUCUGUUAACAUGAAACCAUUUCAGAUUGAACUUUUCCUUGGAUCUGAAUCUAUUUCCUUUAGAGGGGUAACACUAUA